AUGGUGGGCAGUUUGUUAGGCAAAUUAAAUAUAAAUUUGCCAAGCACAAGUUCGCAAAGUUGUGAUAACGAAGAAAACGAUAAUGACGACGAUGCUUUUGAUUUUAUUGAUAAUGCUACAACAACUUCUUCAUUCAGUGAUCCAUUAAGGCCAUAUAAAUGUGAUUUAUGUAAAGAAAGUUUCGAACAAAAACAUACACUUUUAAUUCAUUAUAAUUCUGUGAAUCAUCUUCAUCAAGCUAAAAAAAUUCUCGAACAACAACCAAAUAAUUUUCAUUCGAAUGCCCAAGUUAUAGCGGCAUUACAAGCAUCGACAUCAAAUGCUAUCCAACAACAACAACCAUCAUUAUCGUUAUCAUCUAGUAAUAAUAAUUAUUCACAAGGAAAACCAUUUAAAUUUGCGCAAGGUGAAAUUGAUCCAUUAAAACCAAUUCUUGAACAACCUGGUGGUCCAAUACAAAAAACUAUUGCUGAUAUGCUAAAUCGUGAUGAUAAUCAGCUCGAUAAUCAGGAUGGAAAUGAACAACAACAACAAUCUGCGCUUGCAAUGAUAAAUAUUUUGAAUAUGGCACAAUUCUUAUCAAUGACAUCUGUUGGCCAAUUAACAACAUCGACAACGAAUUCAAUUAUUAAUCAACAGUCAAAUGCUUUUGCUAAUUUAGCAAAUGUUUUCCCAAACACUAAUUCAUUAACAACACUUAAUACAUUCGGCGAUGAACCACAGUUAUGUCUGGAGGAUGAACGAACGCCUCGGUCUGGAAUUGCUUUUAGAAAAAUGCUUGAGAAUUAUGGUUUUGAUGUUGUUAUGCAAUACAAUGAAUAUACAGAACAGCGCAAAAGAAAGCUUGAUUCGUUGCCCGAUGAUGCAGUUCCCGAGCUUUGUCGUGCUGAAUGUUCAAAAUGUAAUAAAAGUUUUAGUAGUAUAUGGGUACUCAAAGCUCAUUAUGAAGAGAUGCAUAAAAGUGGAAUGCUUGCGGAUGAAGUUGAGAAAUUUGCCGUAAAAUUACGUAAAGCACUGGAUAAUAUUGAUGAAAAAGAAAAUAUGAAUGAAGAAUGUGAGGCGUCAAGAAAGCGAUCUCGACAAGAAUCGAGGACGGAUGAUGAUGAAUCUUCAGUAAAAAGUUCUCAUGAAAAAUUCAGACCUGAGGCGAAAAAACUGAAAGAAGAGACGCGCUCGAUAUCGGCGGGUUCAACACCGCGACCUUCGACUUCAAAGGAUAAUCCAGAUUUGAAUAGUCAAAUUGCAAUGAUGGGAAUGUUAGGCUUCCCAUUUAUUGCUAAUCCAUUCAUGCCUGUUAUAAAUCCCGACUUCUUCACAAAUCCUCUCUUUGCUGCUCAACAAAAUUCUGCAAAUCUUUCGCAUGUUCUUCCAUGUAAUUCACCAGCCAAACGCGCUCGUACUAGAAUUACCGAUGAACAACUAAAAAUUCUUCGCCAAUAUUUCGAUAUAAAUAAUUCACCAAGUGAACAACAAAUAAAAGAAAUGUCUAUAAAGGCACAAUUGCCUGAAAAAGAAAGGCAACGCGAUAAAGAUUCUCCUUACAAUUUUAGCAUUCCUCCUCAAAUGAGUAUUGAUUUAGAUACUUAUGAGAAGACUGGUGAAGCUAAAAUAACGUCCAUUAAAGCUGUCGAAGCAUCAACGAAAAAUGAGGAAAUUAAAUCGGCAACGCCAACGGCAACAAAUUUAAAAAUGGAUAAUGCAACAAACAGUAUUGCAACAUCAAAUUCAGCCUCUGGGCGGCGUGCAAAUCGUACUCGAUUCACCGAUUAUCAGCUAAGAACUUUACAGCAAUUUUUUGAUAAGCAAGCUUAUCCAAAAGAUGACGAUCUCGAGAUCUUAUCGAAAAAGUUGCAAUUAAGUCCACGUGUGAUCGUUGUUUGGUUUCAAAAUGCCCGUCAAAAGGCACGAAAAAUUUAUGAAAAUCAACCAGCAAUAACGAAUGAUGAUCGUUUUAUGAAAACUCCGGGCAGUAAUUUUCAGUGCAAAAGGUGUCAACUUGUUUUUCAGCGCUAUUAUGAACUUAUUCAACAUCAGCAAAAGCUUUGUUAUAAAGGCGAUUGUAUAGCUCAGCAAAAAGAUAAUAAGGCGGUUGAGGAAAAUUUGAGUGAAGAUGAAAAGAAUAUAUUUGAAUCGGAAAGUCGAGAUUUAUCAUUUGGUUCAUUAUCAGCUAAUAGCCAAACAAAUCUUGGUGCACUAGCUCAAUUAAUAGGAACUGCAUCUACAGAAACUGGAACUGAUAUUAGUCAAACAGAAUUUUUCAAAUUAUUAACUAAGCCUCAUGAUGCUGCAACCCUUAAAUUGAAAGUAAGAGAAAAGAAGAAAGCAUUUUAUAAACGAUGUCCAUUUUGUUGUUUAUUAUUUCACUCUCGCGAUUCUCUUAUCAAUCAUAUUCCAUCGAGGCAUCAUGAACAAGCAAAUAGUACACCAGUUGAUGUUGAUUUAUUACCUGACGCUGAAGACGUAUGUAGUGCUCUGAGGACAAAUCAAAGAAACAGUCCAACAAAUUCUAAACGAUAUCGAACUCAUCUAACACCUAUGCAAGUACAUGUGAUGAAAAGUGUAUUCACAGAUUAUAAAACACCAUCAAUGACUGAAUGUGAUACUCUUGGAAGUGAUAUUGGUCUGCAUAAGCGAGUUGUACAAGUUUGGUUCCAAAAUGCUCGAGCUAAAGAACGUAAAACAAGGGCUUUUAAUGGAGAGGAUGAAAUGCAUCGAAAUUCAACGAAUCAGUGUAAAUUAUGUGGAGUGGAUUAUAAUCAUCGACUAACCUUACAUGAUCAUAUUUUUACAUCCGAUCAUUUGGAUAAAGUAAAACGAUUACUACGAACUGAUAUUUCAUCGGAUAUAAAUCGAGAAAAUGCACCUAUUUCUGAAAAUAAUAUCGAAAAAGAAGAAAAUCAACGGACAAGGAUAAAAGCCGUUCGAGAUCGCAAAAUAAACAAACCGACAAGUUCACAGAAUUCUCACAAUGCGAGUCUUGUCCCUUCUCAGUUCCCUUACAAUCUCGUUUAUGGCCUACAGCCAGGUUUGGCACCAAUCAUGUAUGACCCAAAUUUAAUGGGAACUCCGAUUCCAUUAUUGCAAAUUCCGGAGAGUGUAAUGGCCCAAAUAACAGCGGACAUAAGUGCUGGAAACGAUUCAACGAAAUUUACUCAGGAUGGGAAAACAUUUCAGCAACUUGUCGCUAUUUUGCCUUUUAGAGAUUUUCAAUGUGCAGCUAGCAAGGAUAGUGAAGUUGGAUGGGCAUGUCCUCAAUGCACUAACGUAUUCCAACAAGAAUUAUUAUUAAAAAAUCAUCAGCGACUAAUUUGUCAAAACUGUGAUUCGAUAUUUAAACUUAUCCAAAGUCAUUACGAAUGCCGUGCUUGUAAUACGAAAUUAGGAACGCAGGUCGAAUUUAAAUUGCACUGUGAAUCAGCAGAGCAUCAAAAAGCGCGUGAAAUAUUUCUCGGUGGUUUACCUUAA